AUGUCCGAUGAGCUUGCUGCCUCGAUCUCCAACCAGUGUUUACCGGCUUGGCCUCCAGCUGGCCUGACGCGCGCACAAAUCUCGCACCUAUGCAACUCGGCAACGGACUAUGCCUUCGCGCAUGGACUGGUGUAUCGUCCGUUGAUACCGGCAAGCGAAAAGGUAGUCAACACGACUUCGGUCAUCCAUGCGCCAUUUUCCCUUCUACCCUCGCCUUUCCCUGCGCGACUCUUCGCAUACGCCAAGUCGCUGCAACCAAUAUUGAACGAACUGUACGCCCGCGUGGCGCUGGAUCAUCAAUUCCUCGAAGACGUUUAUGUGAAACAGAAUGUCAUUCACGUUGAUGACUUUCAAGCGAAGCUAUGGGAUGUGUAUCAAAACGUCAUGAAGGAAGGUCUGGCACAGCCACGGCAACUCGGCCUCUUCCGAUCGGACUACCUCCUGCAUGAUACUUCCUUGCUGUCAGGCGACUUUUCAUCAGCUUCAUCGACCACAGACCAAUCUCAUGACCUGACCAUCAAGCAGGUAGAGUUCAACACGAUCUCUUCCUCCUUCGGCCCGCUUUGUUAUCUCGUUUCGAAGCUGCAUCAGCAUCUUGCGCAUGCCACUGGCUCGUACUUUGGGCACAUCCAAUCUCGCAAGGGGAAAGCCAAGGAGGAUAACUUCGACUCUCUGCCAAAGAACGACGCUCUCAAGACCCUGGCCCAAGGUCUGGCAGAUGCGCACCAGGCCUACAAUUCGGAGAUGCCGGGUACGCACACCUUCACCGACCCGGUGAUUCUCUUCGUCAUCCAGCCCAACGAGCGAAAUGCAUUCGAUCAGAGAGCGAUUGAGUACGAGCUCUUGAAUGCGCAUGGCAUUCGAUGCGUGCGCAAGACACUUGCCGAGCUGGCGUCAACAGUCAAAGAACACGCCGCGAGCUUGCGUCUGCCCAAGCGCGAACUAUUCAUCUCUGCCCCCUGGUCAUCUCAAAACGACAGCGAUCCCGAUCAGCUGGAAGUGUCAGUCGUUUACUUCCGCGCGGGGUACACGCCGACGGACUACGAAGGUCUCGGUAAUGAGAAAGCGUGGGAUGUCAGGCAGCUUCUCGAACGCAGCGCUGCGAUCAAGUGUCCCAGCGUCGCGCUGCAGCUGGCGGGUGCAAAAAAGGUGCAGCAGGUACUUUCGGAGGAGGGUAUACUGGAGCGCUUCCUGCUGCAGCCUUCUGGAUCGGGUACGCAAAAGUGGAAGCCGGAAGACGUUGAGGCUUUGCGAGCGAGUUGGACGGAGCUGUACCCGCUGGAUCCCCGAUCCGAACUCGGAAAGAAGGGGUACGACCUCGCCAUGCGGGACCCACAUCGUUUCGUGCUGAAGCCGCAGCGGGAAGGUGGCGGCAACAACAUCUACAAGCAAGACAUUCCGUCAGCAUUGAAGGCAAUGAUUGACCGCGACGCGAAGCGAGGGGAAAGCUAUGCAGUUCCCGAGCGAGAAGGAUACAUCCUCAUGAGCCUCAUUCAGCCGCCGAACGGCCUCGGUAAUUUGCUGAUGAAAGCGGGUGCCGGCGCAGACGCCAGCGCGGCGCUCGCACCAGAUGUGGUCAGCGAGCUGGGUAUCUAUGGGACGUGCCUCUUCGCCCAAGGGAAGCAAGCGGACACUAUUGAAGUGCUCAAAAGCCGAUCAGGCGGGCAUUUGCUUAGGACCAAGGGGAGGGAGAGCGAUGAAGGCGGAGUCGCUGUUGGCUUCAGCGUUAUCGAUAGCCCGUAUUUGGUGUAA